CUUUUCUCCCUUUUUCUACAUCUCUCUCUACCCCCUCUUUACCUCUUUCUGGAUCCGUUCUGUAUUUCUAGGGUUUUGAAUUUUAUCUCUAACUAAAUUAAUAAAUUCCGAAAUUAAAUUAAUUGAAAUUCGCCGAUAUGAAGCUCACCGUGAAAACUCUCAAAGGCAGCCACUUCCAAAUUACCGUCCACCCGAACGACACCGUAAUGGCUGUUAAGAAAAGCAUUGAAGAUGUACAAGGCAAAGAUAAUUAUCCAUGUGGCCAGCAAUUGUUGAUUCACAAUGGGAAAGUAUUAAAAGACGAAACUACUUUGGCUGAAAACAAGGUUUCUGAAGAUGGUUUUCUUGUUGUCAUGUUAAGUAAGAGCAAAAGUUCAGUUUCAAGUGUGUCAACAUCUUCCCAGCCUGCACCUAUUGCUGCACCAGCUUCUGUUCCUACUCCUGCAGCUGAAUCUCAGCCAGUUGUACAGGCCCCUAAGACCACUGCUUCAGCUUCUGUCGCUCCAUCAGCAAAUGACGCUUUUAACCCUUAUGCUGAAGCUGCUUCCAAUAUAGUUGUUGAUAACUCUCUCGAGCAGACUAUUCAACAUCUGAUUGAUAUGGGUGGUGGUAGUUGGGACAAAGAGACAGUAACACGUGCACUUCGAGCUGCGUAUAAUAAUCCCGAACGAGCUGUGGAUUACUUGUAUUCAGGAAUCCCUGAGAGCGCAGAAGUCGCAGUUCCAUUGGUUCAAUCUGGAGUCGAUUCUGUUGCUGCUGUAAGUGGUCCACCUGCUUCAGGAGCACCUAAUUCAUCCCCGUUGAAUUUGUUUCCUCAGGAGACUAUUUCUGGUGGUGCUGGUCUUGGAUCCCUUGGUUUCCUCAGGAACAACCAGCAGUUUCAAGCACUGCGUUCGCUGGUUCAAACUAAUCCUCAAAUUCUACAGCCCAUGCUCCAAGAGCUUGGGAAACAAAAUCCUUCACUUUUGAGGCUCAUACAAGAAAACCAUCAAGAGUUCCUCCAAUUGAUCAACGAACCUGUUGAUGAUUCCGAAGGGGAUAUAUUUGAUCAGGCAGAUCAAGAAAUGCCACACGCUGUUAGUGUGACACCUGCAGAGCAGGAGGCCAUCGAAAGAAUGGAGGCGAUGGGUUUUGAGAGAGCUCUUGUUAUUGAGGCAUUUCUAGCUUGCGAGCGCAACGAGGAAUUAGCGGUGAACUACCUCUUGGAGCAUGCUGGAGAUUACGAGGACUAAAUGCUCGACAAAUUUUAGAUCAACAAUUCAUUAGUGAAAAACACGAGUUUAAACCGUUUUUAAAUUUUUUUUUUUUCAACUUGUUAUACUGGGAAUAUGUAAGAAUUUGAUGCUGAUUGGGAUUUCGAUUGAUAUGUAUUGAUUAUGAAGUCCAUAGUAUGGUUUUUGGUUUUCAUUACAUGAAUAUUAAUUGUUGGAGACAAUAGUGGAGUCAGGAUUUUAAGUA